CAAAUACAUACUGACGUCUAUGAUAUUAUAGUUAUACUGACAAGCAGAAGCUAGACAUAUCACACGCGGCUUUUUGUCGUUCAGUUAGUACAGACACUUAGGACCUGCCUGGGACUUCGUACUUUGUAACCCGGCAUCUUACAGUCCUUACUAGUUCGCCACAGCAUACCACCUUUGCUUCCACUCGUUGAUCAGCUCAGCUCAGGCCUCAGAGUUCACCCGUUCGCUCCGGAACUUCUUGUCACCUCGAGACAACGUAGCUUGGGCCUCAUCACCUCGGAGGGGUUGAUCCAAUCAUUCAGAAGCUAGAGGAGAGAUGGACGACGAACUAUUUGGUGAUCUGUUAGGGAACAAACCCAAGCAGGGUUUGCCUCCUGCUGGUUCCACCCAAGGGCCUGGCGAAGGGCCCAGCAAGGCAAUGCCUCCUUUAAUUACGAACGGUGCCUUGGAGGACGGCGGAAUCUCAGCGCCUGGCGGAAAUAAGCCAGUUGUUACGCUCACCCCGGAGGAGCUGUCAGUAAUUGUUGACAAGGGAGUCCAGAUGGCACUUGAUGCAACGUUUAACAAAUUUGUAAGAAGCCUGCGGACAGUCCUGGAGGACAUGGCACGUCACAUCUCAUCGCAGGAUGCAACCGUGGCAGAGCUUCGCGCUAGCAUUGACGAGCUCCGCGAAACUGUUGCUUCGCAACCAGCUGAUUUUCACGUGCGCUUCACAAAUUUGGACAUGGCGGUCAAGGAAGUCGAGCGGGGCGUGCAGGCGCUUCGCGAUCGACAGGAGCUGCAGGAAGCCCAGCAAAUGCUGGCCAUGAUGUCCGCGAGCUCCGCACGCAACAAAGCAACUGCCUCUGCUGGCACCGGAGAUGCCGCUGCCAGCAGCAGCACCGCUUCUGCUGCUGCGAGCACUCCAGCGCCUGCAGACGCUCCGCCCCAGCCAUCGGCAUCCUCCGCGGCUCCGGCUCCGGCCCCCUCAGGUCCCGCGCCUGCAGCGGCUCCUGCACCUACAACCGUCACGGCGCCUUCGCCAACGCCAUUGCCGGUCCCUGUUGCCGCAGCGCCCCCUGCUCCUGCUGCUGUCGUACAACAAGCACCUGCACCGCAGCCGGGCUACGGUGUGCCGCCACAGGCGGCCCCCGCGCCCCAGAUGCAGCAGCUGCCACCGCAGAUGCCCGGCUACCCUGGACAGGGGGGCUCCAUGGGCGGAGGCAUGCCCGGAGCGCCACCGCUGCCCAUGCAGCAGCCACACCCACACCAGCAGCCGCACCAGCAGCAGCCGGUGCAGGAGCUGAAGCAGCAGCAGCUGCAACCGCAGCAGCCGCACCAGCAGCAGCCACAGCAGCUGCAACAGCCCAUGCAGCAACUCCAACAUCACCAGCAGCAGCAGCAGCAGCAGCAGCCCUACUCAACGGCGCCGUAUGCCUACCAGCCGCAGCAGCAGAUGCCGCCCCCGGCAGGCGGCCCCAUGACGAGCGCCCCCUCCCCGGAGCCGGGUUCCGGACCGUACGGCAGUGCGAUGCCGCCUUCGCCGUACACCCCACCAUAUGGCACACUACCGCCGCCGGAGGCGCCGCGCGCCCCCGUCAUGCCUCCGCCACACCUCAUGGGACCGCCGCCGGCCGCCGCGGGCCCGCCACCGCCCCACAUGGUCAGCUACCCGGCCCCCACCGGCAUGCACUCCUACCCGCCGCCCCCUUCAGCGGCGCCCAACAUGACGAUGCCCGCGCCAUACGGUCGGCCGCAACCCGUGUCCGGCGGGUACCGGGGCAUGCCAGGCGUAACCACGGUUCCCUCCUCCUCCGGCGGUGGCGGCGGCGCCCCCACCAGCAGCCGCACCGUGCCGCUGGACAAGAUCAUAUCCGACAUCUCCCAGAUGGGCUUCAGCCGCGGUGACGUGCUGGCCGCUGUCAACAGCCUGCAGGCCUCAGGCAAGGCACUCGACCUGAACACAAUCAUCGACAAGCUCACACGCGGGCUGUGAUUGAGUGGGACGCCGUUUUGGGGCAUCGCAUGAAUGGCUCCUUGCAGCUUGGCUGUGUAGAUGAGCGCACGCAUGCGCGUGUAGACUGUGUGGGCUGCUAGGCGUGAGGGCGAAACAGGCGGCUGUAGCUGUGUGCGCAUGCCGGGUUGUGUUUGGGCGGUGUGUGUGUUCAGGAAGAGGUUCGCGAGGGUACCGCAGCCUUUGCGGGUUAUUUUGUACUAGUAAUGUAGUAAGCAUGGAAUACACUUUCCUGUGGGGUGGUGGACUGGUGGUGCUUUGCGGUCUUGAGUUAAGGAGCGCGCAUUGCAGUGGUUGUGGAAAAGGGGCUCGUUUGGGGAGCCUGCCGCUCAGUUGAUUCUGCAUUUCGCCUAACAGGAACAGAAGCCGUGUUGUGGCGGGCAAGGGGUUGGGCUAGGCCAAUGCCGUUGCUUUGCGUGGCCUUUGUUGGCGAUCCGUGCCCCGAGGCGUGGUGUGGUGCCUUUCACGGGCGUUAGAGCGGAGCAUUUGGAUUGUUACACGGCGGCCAUACUGGGGGACGUGGGAAUUAGCUGGGCGCCAGCUUGCACCGAUAUCUCCUCACCUGCAUGCAGGCUAGCAUGAGCAUGGCAUGCUUUCAGGCAGGGUGGUGCAGCCCCCGGACGAAUUCGAGGAUGCAGCUCUGGUGGGAGGGGGUUUUGAGUUCACCAAGCAACUCGUUGUGUUAUGGUAUGGUACAAAGAUUGGGUAAGAAGGGCGCCUCCCUUCCUCCGUUUCAUGAGCGGCUGCUUAUGGGCUGUUGGAAAGUCGAGCUGGUGUGCGCGUGUCCUACUGAUAAUUGGGUAUGGUAGUUGCCAACACAAGCACCUCAAGUUCAACACCUCUUUUUUUGCCGGUAUGGAGGACAGCGUCUGUAGGAACUGAGGCUAGGAGCAGCAAAAGAACGCAGGCGAGUCUGUACCGCAGGCAAGCGAUGCAAGAGAGCAUGUGGGGUAAAUGUGGGGUGGGUUCAAAAGCCUCGAAGAACGUAUUAAUUUGGGUCAGCAGGUACGAGGGCUGGGAUGAUUAGCCAGAUAAACGCAAUUGGUAACAUUUUUGCACAUUAACGCCGAGGUAGCGAACAGACUUCAUGGCAUACACGACGCAGGCGCAAGUGCGGGCAGCGUCGGACGAAAACACGAGCUAGGCCGAUAUGCGUUUCUUGAAGAUGUGCAUUUUGUCUAAAAAGACGUUUUCUGGCUAUGAACGGUUAAGCAUUGCUGUAGGCCCAUGAUGACGGGCGUGUCGGGCCAACUGAUCUUCAUAGUUAGACGUGACGUUGGGAUUUGGGGGACCGGCUUACACACUAUAGGGCACAACAGGUUUUUAGUGUGUAAUUAUUUGCAAACGCCCUUCUAUGCACUUGCUUCCUUUUGUGACAUGCUUCGUGUCGUAAGACGAACACGCAUAGUGCGUCCUCACUACUGCGUUAAUUUGCCGCUGCAUAGUUUAGAGAAACAUUAACUACCGCUGUAUGCCUGAAACCGUAUCGAGGGUCAGCAGUCGUUAGGCCUUGCCCCUUGCCUCUGUCUUGGGACCAUGUCCUGAACGGACGCUAGCGGAGGUCACCUGCCUUAAGUCGAGUUGUAAAGGGUCGGUGUAUAAUGUACAGAGCAGCUCUCGAGCUAGACUGCUUUCCUGGUGGUGCGUUCCUCUUUUCGAAGUCGGGAGAGCUGAAGGAAUGCAAUCAGAAUGCAGGAACUUACAUUACCGGCGUGCAGUCGCUGGGCGACCUUCUACGGUACACAACGCCUGCGGCAGCUUCUAAUAUACUUAAGAGCCUAGAGCGCAAUGGGUCCUGGAGCUCGGAGGUGCCUUGCACGGGGCAUCCUGCCACGAAGGCGUCCCCUUCGGUGUCGGUAUCAUUAUGGAAGCUGGUGGAUCCCUUAGGGGGCGACAACGGUCCGGUCCUAGCCCUGCUGCACAGCUGCGGCCAGGCCUCCGGCACCCACCCACCUAAGCUGGGAGCCUCGCCCUUGGCUGGCGCCCCAGAAGCUGCUGAGGAGCGCCUGCGUGAGCAGCUCCAGACCCUGCAGCGGAAACUCCUGCACACAGUCGCAGACAACGAGGCGCUAGGGACGCGCUUGGCCGGCCUGCGGUCCGUGUGUCUGGAGCUGCAGGAGCAGCUGCACCUGACGGAGGUUGCGUCCCGACUGGAAGCCGACACACACCAGCACAUGCUGCACCUGUGCAGCACGGCAGCCAGCUACUGUGAGGUAGACACGCAGGCGGACUUCUUUGCACGGGCGGGCAGCUGUGACAAGCUCCGUGACGUGGAAGCGGAUUUGGGAAUAUCGGUAUCGAAUCCAGGAUCGCUCACAGGGGCCUCGUGCCCAGCUCCCGUUCCGCCGGCCGCAGCCACAUGCGCAGCUGCUGCCGCAGCGACUGCGGCAACAACGGCAAACGCCUGUGUCGGCUUGCCCUCAUCAUUGGCUGCGCGGUGCAGCAACGGCGAGUCGGUGGCUUGUCAGUCGAGUGUUGGGGCGGGUUGCGGGGAGCGCGAGUACGAAUCGCUCAUGCAGUCCUUCAUCACCCUGAAAGCUUCAUACGAUGUGUUGUCGAAGCGACAGGAGGCGGAUCAUGCUGCGGCCCUGGCCGCCGCUCGUGCAAGCACUGAAGCCGCGUCGAACCGGUCGCGAUCAGCUGGGCAGGCGCUGUUCCCCCGUGGCAGCGGCAGCUCGGACGAGCACCUGUGGCCGGUCGGGCCAGCGGAGCCAUCAACCAGACGCAUGGGGACGAUCAAAGGCCGGGGAGGCACCGCCGGUGCGAUAGUCACUCUGGACGUAAUCUGCCCGCCUGCUCUGGCACAUGACGCGAAUGAGGUUGGCGGGUUCUGUGCUCUCAGCGCGGACUGGCGCGCGGACAGCGUGGGUGAGGAAGCAGGCAGCGAGCGGGCUGCGGAGGAGGAGAUUGAGCGCCUCGCAGCGCAUGCGCGCGCGCUGCAGGCCAGCUAUGACGUCAUGCAGCUGCAAAGGGACCACGCGCUUAACAAGGCGGUGGCACAGAAGGCGAACUUUGACAGGACGCUGGCAGCAGCGCAGCAGGAGGCAGCCAUGGCGACGGAGUCCGCGGCAACUGCUAAGGCGGAGUUCGAUAAGUUCGCAGCCGACAAGGCGGAGGAGAAGGCGGCCUUCGACCUCGUCCUUGAAAAGACGGUGGCUGACGCGGCGGCCCAGAAGGCAAUCGCGGAUAAGGCCCUUGUUGACAUGGGGGAGCUGCAGGAAUCCGCGGCCGCCUCGAAAGCCCAGUUCGACAAAUAUGUCCUGGACAAGGCGGAGGAGAAGGCGGCAUUCGAUCUGGUGUUGGAGAAGACGGUGGCGGAUGCAGCAGCCCAGAAGGCGAUUGCGGAUAAGGCGAUGGUGGAUAUGGGCGAGAUGCAGGAGUCCGCCGCUACAGCCAAGGCCCAGUUCGACAAGUUCGUGCUGGACAAGUCUGAGGAGAAGGCGGCAUUCGAUCUGGUGCUGGAGAAGACCGUAGCGGAUGCAGCAGCCCAGAAGGCCAUUGCGGAUAAGGCGCUGGUGGACUUUGGAGAGCUGCAGGAGACUGCCAUUGCUGCCAAGGCCCACUUCGAUAAGUUCGCAGCCGACAAGGCGGAGGAGAAGGCGGCCUUCGACCUCGUCCUUGAAAAGACGGUAGCUGACGCGGCGGCCCAGAAGGCAAUCGCGGAUAAGGCGCUGGUGGAUAUCGUGGAAGUGCAGGAAUGCGCGGCUGCUGCCAAGGCUCAGUUUGACAAGUUUGUGGUCGACAAGACCGAGGAGAAGGUGGCAUUCGACCUGGUGCUGGAACGCACGGCGGCGGAGGCGGUUGCGCAGAAGGCGAUUGCGGACAAGGCCGUUCUGGAUUUCGACAAACUGCAGGAUUCUGCUACAAGCGCGAAGGCCCAGUUUGACAAGUUCGUGCUGGACAAGGCCGAAGAGAAGGCGGCGUUUGACCUCGUCCUUGAGAAGACGGUGGCUAAUGCAGCGGCGCAGAAGGCGAUUGCGGAUAAGGCACUCGUGGACUUUGGGGAGCUGCAGGAGUCCGCCGCUACAGCCAAGGCCCAUUUUGAUAAAUUCGUCCUGGACAAGGCUGAGGAGAAGGCGGCAUUCGACCUUGUGCUUGAACACACGGCAGCGGAGGCGGUUGCGCAGAAGGCGAUUGCGGACAAGGCUCUGGUCGACAUGGGUGAACUGCAGGAUGCUGCCGUAACUGCCAAGGCCCAGUUCGACAAGUUCGUGCUCGACAAGUCGGAGGAGAAGGCGGCGUUUGAUCUGGUGCUGGAGAAGACUGCCGCGGAUGCAGCAGCCCAGAAGGCCAUUGCGGAUAAGGCGCUGGUGGACUUUGGAGAGCUGCAGGAGACUGCCACAGCUGCUAAGGCGGAGUUCGAUAAGUUCGCAGCCGACAAGGCGGAGGAGAAGGCGGCCUUUGACCUUGUCCUUGAAAAGACGGUGGCGGAUGCAGCAGCUCAAAAGGCCAUUGCGGAUAAGGCGCUGGUGGAUAUCGUUGAAGUGCAGGAGUCCGCCGCUACAGCCAAGGCCCAGUUCGACAAGUUCGUUCUGGACAAGUCUGAGGAGAAAGCGGCGUUUGAUCUGGUGCUGGAGAGGACUGUCGCGGAUGCAGCAGCUCAGAAGGCGAUUGCGUACAAGGCGCUGGUGGAUAUCGUGGAAGUGCAGGAGUCCGCCGCUACAGCCAAGGCCCAGUUCGACAAAUAUGUCCUGGACAAGGCGGAGGAGAAGGCGGCAUUCGAUCUGGUAUUGGAGAAGACGGUGGCGGAUGCAGCAGCCCAGAAGGCGAUUGCGGAUAAGGCGAUGGUGGAUAUGGGCGAGAUGCAGGAGUCCGCCGCUACAGCCAAGGCUCAGUUCGACAAGUUCGUGCUGGACAAGUCUGAGGAGAAGGCGGCAUUCGACAUGGUGUUGGAGAAGACGGUGGCUAACGCAGCGGCGCAGAAGGCCAUUGCAGACAAGGCACUCGUGGAUUUUGGGGAGCUGCAGGAGACUGCCACUGCCGCCAAGGCCCAGUUCGACAAGUACGCAGCUGACAAGGCUGAUGAGAAGGCGGCAUUCGACCUGGUGCUGGAACGCACGGCAGCGGAGGCGGUUGCGCAGAAGGCGAUUGCGGACAAGGCUCUGGUCGACAUGGGUGAACUGCAGGCCUCUGCCGUAACUGCCAAGGCCCAGUUUGACAAGUUCGUGCUCGACAAGUCGGAGGAGAAGGCGGCGUUUGAUCUGGUCCUGGAGAAGACCGCAGCGGACGCAGCAGCCCAGAAGGCCGUUGCGGACAAGGCGUUAGUGGACAUGCAGGAAUCCGCGGCCGCCUCGAAAGCCCAGUUCGACAAAUAUGUCCUGGACAAGGCGGAGGAGAAGGCGGCAUUCGACAUGGUGUUGGAGAAGACCGUAGCGGACGCAGCAGCCCAGAAGGCGAUUGCGGAUAAGGCGUUAGUGGACUUUGGAGAGCUGCAGGAGAGCGCGGCAACUGCUAAGGCCCAGUUUGAUAAGUUCACAGCCGACAAGGCCGAGGAGAAAGCGGCAUUCGAUCUGGUCCUGGAGAAGACGGUGGCGGAUGCAGCGGCGCAGAAGGCGAUUGCGGAUAAGGCGAUGGUGGACUAUGCAGACCUGCAGGACUCUGCCACCGCCGCCAAAGCCCAGUUCGAUAAAUUCGUCCUGGACAAGGCGGAGGAGAAGGCGGCGUUCGACCUUGUGCUAGAACAUACGGCAGCGGAGGCGGUUGCGCACAAGGCGGUUGCGGACAAGGCUCUGGUCGACAUGGGGGAAAUGCAGGCCUCUGCGGCAACUGCCAAGGCCCAGUACGACAAGUUUGCUGCCGACAAGGCUGAUGAAAAGGCGGCGUUCGAUCUGGUGUUGGAGAAGACGGUGGCGGAUGCAGCAGCCCAGAAGGCCAUUGCGGACAAGGCGAUGGUGGACAUGGGAGAGUUGCAGGCGUCCGCGGCGGCUGGCAAGGCGGAACACGAUAAGGCCCUUCUCGACCUUGUUGAACUGCAGGAGUCUGCUGCGGCAACUAAGACCCAGUUCGACAAGUAUGUGCUGGACAAGGCUGAAGAGAAGGCGUCAUUUGACCGCAUGCUGGAGCAGGUCGAGGAGCAGGCCGCACAGCAGAAGGCCAUCGCGGACAAGGCCCUGGUGGACUUUGGGGAGCUGCAGGAGUCCGCGGCCGCAACCAAGGCUGAGUUCAACAAGUUUGCAGCGGACAAGGCGGAAGAGAAGGCGGCUUUUGAUAGCGUUCUGGAGAAAACCGUGGCUGAUGCGGCGGCCCAGAAGGCGAUUGCGGACAAAGCACUUGUGGAUAUGGGAGAGAUGCAGCAAACCUCCUACGCCUCCAAGGCCCAGAUCGACAAGCUCCUGAAGGACAAGGCGGAGGACAAGGCGAGCUUUGAUGCCAUGCUGGCUAGGACGGAGGCAGAGGCGAAGGCGCACAAGGCGCUAGCGGAUGCCCUCAAGGAGGAGGCUCACACGGUUGCUGCUCAGCUGCAGCAGGAGCGGCAGAACCUGGACGACCUGCAGGCGCAGAACGAGCGGCUGCUGAAGCAGCAGGAGGUGCUGCAGGCGGAGCUGCAGAUGGCGCUCAGCAACUACUCGCCCAAGGCUGUCAUCGACGUGGGCACCCCCGCCGACAAGAUCCUGACCAUGAUGACGGACCUGCUGGACGGCUCGCCGCCCUCCAUCCAGGACAUCCUGCUGGUGCAGUCCGCCAUCCUGGAGGCGCACGACAUCUACCAGCCCAUCAACCUGGGCAAGCAGCUGCUGCAGCAGAGCGCGCUGGACAUGGACGUGGGCAUGUCGCUGCUGCAGCAGCUGGGCAACCAGGAUGAGGCCCGCGCGCUCACGCACAGCUCCGGGUCACUCACGCUGCACGACUUUGGCACCCGGGACGGCUGCCGCUCAAGCCGCAUGCGGGACGGGCGCGCCAUGGGCAGUACCUCGAGCUCCACCAGCAGCCUGCCGGACGCCGCCGCCGCAGCAGCAGCCGCGCAGGAGGGCCCCUGGUCCUCUCUGGAGGGCGCCGUGGCCCUGAUCAUGGCCCCCGAUGCGUCCUUCUCAGACGUGCGGGACGGAGCAGCAGCCAGCGCCUGCAGCAGCGGCGGCUACGGCUACAACAGCCCCACCCCACAGACCGACAGCUGCGGGGCGGGUGGCCUGGCCGGUCAACGCGCUGCUAGCUCCGCCAGUCGAGGUCUGCAUGCGCGCGUGCGGCGGCGGUCUAGCUUCGUCAUGCUGGGCGGUCCGGUGAUUGGCAGCAACGGCGGCAGUGGUGGUGGUUUGGAGCUGGCAUCCCGGCAUGGCUCGUCCAAGCUCCUGGUGAUGUCGGCGCUGGAGCGGCAGUACAGUGUGGCUACGUCGGCUGCGGGGGUGGACGGGGAGGCGGAGGACUACCCGGAGCAGCCGCUGUUUACUGAGGUGGAGCGGGUGCUGUCCACCGCGCACAACUGGCAGUUCGACGUGUUCAAGCUGACGGACGUGACGCAGGACCACGCCAUGAGCGUGCUGGGCUUCUACCUGUUCCACCAGGCGGGGCUGCUGGACAAGUUCGACAUCAAGCCGCAGCUGCUGGCACGGUUCCUGCGGCGGCUGGAGGAGGGCUACCGACCCAACCCCUACCACUCCAAGACGCACGCAGCGGAUGUGCUGCAGACCCUGCACGUCAUCAUCCACCGCGGCGGUCUGUCCCCCGGCUACGUGGACCCGCUCUCCCUCAUGGCCUGCUACCUGGCGGCCCUGGUGCACGACUACGAGCACGGGGGGGUCACAAACGACUACCUCAUCAACAGCAGCGACCUGCUGGCCCUGCGCUACAACGACCGCGCGCCCCUGGAGAACCACCACCUGGCUGCCUCCUUCAUGCUCAUGAAGAAACCCGAGUUCGCAUUCCUGGCGCACCUGCCCAAGCCCGACACCGACCGCAUGCGCAAGAUGAUGAUUGAGCUGGUGUUGGCCACCGACAUGAAGCAGCACUUUGCGCUCAUGUCGCACUUCACCACCGUGCACCGACUGGGCAGCACCACCUCCGUGACGCCCUCCAUCCUCAGCAGCACGGAACGGCGCAGGUCCUCCUCCAACGCCUCCUCCAUGACCUCCUUGGUUCCCGGCAGCGGCUCGGCCAUUGAGAUGGACAAGAUCAUGAUCCCGCUGGACGAGAACGAGCGCAUCCUGUCGCUGCAGCUGGCGCUCAAGUGCUCAGACCUGGGGCAUGUGAUUGCCUCGCUGCCGGUCCACUGCCGCUGGGUGGCGCUGCUGGAGGAGGAGUUCUUCCGUCAGGGUGACCUGGAGAAGCUGCACAGCCUGCCCGUCAGCCCGCUCUUCGACAGAGCCAAGCCGGGGAUCACAAAGAGCCAGUUGGGUUUCUUCGACAUCGUGGUCAUCCCGCUGCUCAGCGCCUACUCGCGCGUGUUCGCAAACACCAAGCCGCUGCUUACCUACACCAUGCGAAACUACAAGUAUUGGGCAGACCAGCAGAAGAGGGAGCAGCAGGCGGCCGCAGGGGGGGCUGGCAGUGGCGGCGGCGGCGGCGGCAAGUGAGAGCCGCCGGCUUUGCGGGAUCAGCGAUGUGCAGCGGGGGAAUGUGUGGAGGCGGCGGGAGCUGCUGAGCCGUGGGUUGCUCGAUGCAUGCUGAGGGGGCUGUUUUCCCGUCUUCUGUUGGACUGAGGGGCACAUUGCGGCUUUCAGGAAGCACAGGGCUGGGCUUUGUCAUGUGCGACUUUGGUGGGCGGGGGAAGGGGGCGGCGAUGGGCGCUGCUUUGGUGCGGGCUGCUGUCUUCACGGGCGGGUCUGCAUAUUGCUGACGGUGGCUUAGGUGUGUGUACGGCGUUUGUUUGACAUGUUGCCAAUGUGGCCCCGCAUUUGGCGGCAGUUGGUGGUGUGGUUGUGUGAAGCAGGUAAUUAAGGCGGUAGGAAGCUGAUGAUAAGUGAUGGCUUGGGCGGGAAGUGGAGGCGGAGGGAGGAGAAGCGGUGAUGCGUGAGGGGAAAUACGCGAGGAACACGUCUUUUUUCCUGUGCCACGCCUGUGCUGAUUGCCCUUCUGUUGGCUUUCGAUCUAAACUGACUGGUAUCGCCAACAAUGGCGCCCUGUAUGUGGUGUGGAGUUUCCGCCUUUCGCGCAUCAGCACUAAAGUGUUGGUUUGGUUGGUUUAGCGUGGGCGUCGCUGCUGCACACGCGCUGGCGGACUGCGCUUUGCCGCUUGUUUGUGGCAGGUUGGUUGCCUGUUUACCGUUUGGCUGUGGUCACGGCUUGCAUUGAGAUGCGUCGCUCUGCUUGGCUUGCGCAUUGGGCCGCAUUGAGCCGCUUCUCUUGGUGAUCCGAAUACAAAUUGGGGAGGAGUACAUUCUUGUAUUGUUGUGCGUACGACGGGUCUGAUGAGAUGGAUGUGGGGCGUGCUGCGGGGCGGGGCCGGGCUUCCGCGACGCCCUUGUUUUGGGAUAUGUGAUGCGCACCGGGCGAAAUACCGUAUUAUGUUUGCUGGUGGAAAGCCGGUUGGAGCUGUACCGGUAUGCGAUGAUGCCUUUCGCGACCUACUGUUGCUUUGGAUUUUGUCUGGUUUCGACUAUUGUUGUGCCGUUACAUAAUAUCUAUUCUUUACUCAUUGGAAAAAAAAGGAUUUGCGCCGGUACGCCUGCACGCCUGCUAAGGCAGGCAGGCAGCAAAUCCCUUGCCGUAUUGUUGACAAGGCACGACGACGGAAUAGUAGUAUCGCCGGGGACUGAGAGCAUGUCUAAUACUCGUGUGCAUCGUUUGGGUCUGGCCUGGCGUGCAGGUUGCAUGCUUGUAGUUGGUUUAGGUGUGGAUUGGAAGGUUUAGCGGUUAGCUAGUGGUGGUGGUGGUAGUAGCAGUGAUGGUGGGAGAUGUAUGUGAGGUAUUGGUGUUGUGUGUUCCAAGCAAUUUGGGGUUCCCUACCAGCAUGGGCUGGUUACUAAGUCCCAAAGCUACCUUUGUGACCGUUCCGUCCUCCUGUCCUCUUGCCCGGUCUUAAUUUUGUGCGAAACACAAUAAUACUGGUAAAUCACGGUCGGCGGUUGAGUCCGGUUUGGUUGUUGGGCUCUCCGCGGGCCCCAGAGAGUAGGUAUGUACGGCAAGCUGGGUGUCUUGGUUCCCUCGUACGACACUGCGGACCCAUGGGUCGCUUGCCAUGCUAGAUUCCGCUCACUGUGUGGAGGAAGCAGGGGACGGAGCUGUUGCUAUGACGGGGGCUGUGUAUGUGUGUGUGUGGGGGGGGGGAAGUGUAUGUGUGUGUGCCAGUUCGGCCUGUAUCGGUGGUCAUACACCAGGGCGGUGCGUGCGGCCGAUCUGUGGGACUGAGAAGGGGAAGGGGUGCUAGGUGCACUUGCGCACGAAGGCACUUGGGUGGGUCGCCUGCAGAUAGCUGCCCGGUGCUAUCUCGAGGAGGAGCAAGGAGUGCGUGUGUUGCGCACGUGCGUGUUCCGGGUGAUGGAAACUAAGCCCUCAGGCGCAACUGGUUGAAUCCCUAAGGCGUGUGUGAUGCCGUUGUGUCUUUCUCUUGACAGUAGUGCAUACAUGGUGAGGUAUGAACGAUGCUACAAUGACUGCUGACCCUUGCUUUGCUUGCGUGUACGGCGUUAUGUGUACACUGCUCACCGCGUUAAUGCGAUGUAUGUGUCAACAGAACUGGCCGCGAUGAAGGCCGCUUUUGUGAUGUGUUCCUGUGUUGCUGACCGUCCGUGGCGUGCAGCGCACUGGGCUGGGUCGGUAGUUAAGCACAGCAUGGGAGGGUAGUGGUAGUAGUAGGAGGAGAAGGGGGCAGCUUGUUUGUCAGUGUCCGUAGUGACCAGGUGUCGUGCAUGCCGAUAUUGAGCUAGCACCUCACUGCGUCAACACGUUUGUGUGCUGCUGCUGCUGCUGCUGUCUGCUGUAUUUGCUGUGUACCGUCUCUCUCUCUCUCGUCGACUGCCGGAUUGCAAUCCUGUGAAUAUGCCGGCUUUCAUGCUCAUGCUCUUUUUGUGAUGCGAAGGAAGGAGUACUUGCAUGCUAACUUGUUUUGCCGUUUCCGUGUGGUGCACGCCAGCGCCAGCCCUGCGUCGUGCCGUGUUGUUCCCCUUUUGGCAAUGACACAAUCCUGCUGUAUAGUGGGCUUUUUGAGUUGGAAUCCGGGCGCGUGGUCCUGAUACGCUUUGGGUACCAUUGGGCUUUGUGCGUGUUGUGAAACUAUCAGGCGUUACGAAAUGCUUGGGUUCUGAGCCUGCGCGUGGCGGUGGGCUGUAGGGCGGUAGGCUGCAGGCGCAUGGGGUUUUGUUUCCUGGCAGCUUAUUUGUAUUGGGGAAGGGCCGUGACCAUCCCGGGAUUGUUUGUCGGAGUUCUAGGCCGGUGCGUGAAGGCGCCGCAUGAGUGAAGACGGGUGGAAUUUUUAUACCUGGUUGCCGUUAGUGGAACAUGCGCUGUGAGGAUGUGCUGCAUGUGCUCGGGCUGGGUUGUUCGCUUGCGGGGCGCAAAUCAACAAUACAGGAAGGCGCCCCAUGGGACACCACCGCCAUCUUGUGCCUCCGUUGCCGCGCGGUGUGCUGUGAUGUGAGGCGCAAAAUGUUCCACCAUGUCAUGAUUGCUGCGCGUGCUUAGUGUCAUGUUUUCAGUUUGAUCGUGUAAUUGAUCCCAAG